AUGCAGCUCACGAAGACGGCAAUCAAUGGGGGUUGGGAGUUCAAGCAGCGCAGCUCGCUGAACGACUCUACGGCUUCCUCCUUUUUACCCGUGGCCCAAUUCCCUACAGUGGCGCACAUCGACCUCUUACACCAUAAACUGAUUUCUGAUCCGUACAUUGAUGAUCAUGAGCUGGACUGUCUGUGGGUUAACGAUGCGGAGUGGACCUACCGUACCUCACAGGUUCCGCACCCGGAACUUCAGGGGCCCCAGACGCGAGCUGUGUUGGUCUUUGAAGGCUUAGACACCGUUGUUGAUGUGUUCUUGAACGAUACAUGUAUUCUCAAAAGCCAUAACAUGCAUGUGCAGCAUAGAGUGGACGUAACGAAGCUACUGAAGGAAGCGAAGGGGCCAAUCUCGCUGGAGUUGCGAUUCUCCAAUGCUCCUGAGUUUGCACGCCGAGAGAAGACUCGCAUUGGCUAUAAAGGCAACGAUGCGGACGUUCACUUUGGUGGGCCAGAGAGGCUAUUCCUGCGAAAAGCACAGUAUCACUGGGGCUGGGACUGGGGUCCAGCGAUUAAUACGUGUGGGCCAUGGAAGCCAAUCUAUCUCGAGACAUUUGAGCAGAGAAUCGAUGAGUUCUUGGUUCGCCAAGAAACGGACUCAGAUUUGAAGAGGGCAACACUCACCAUCAAAGGAAGCGUUGAGAACUGCGCUCUAACUCAAAAAGCUACUGUCGAGAUUCAGGAUCCUUCUGGGUCUGUGGUACAAACAAGCUCUCUUGAUAUAUUGGAAGGGAAAUUCAAUACCAGUCUCGUCGUGGAGAACCCGCAGCUCUGGUAUCCGCAUCAAUACGGAGCACAGCCGCUAUAUCAAGUCACUGUCAAGAUACCAGACUACGACAGCAGGUCUCAAAGCAUUGGUAUCCGCCGACUGAGACUGCUUCAACAUAGCCUUAAACAUGCGGAGGGCACUUCGUUUGUCUUCGAGGUCAACAACAUCCGCUUGUUCGCUGGUGGUUCCUGCUGGAUUCCCAAUGACUUUAUGCUUCCUAGGACGACUCGCCAGCGGUAUGAAGAUUGGUUGCAGCUUGCAAAGGACGGCAACCAGAGCAUGAUCCGGGUCUGGGGCGGCGGCAUCGUGGAGUCGGACGAUUUCUACGACAUCUGCGACAGACUAGGGCUGCUCGUGUGGCAGGACUUCUUAUUUGCGUGCGGCAACUAUCCAGCAUCUCAGGAAUUCAUGGACAAUGUGAAGAUGGAAGCUGAACAGCAGCUUAGACGUGUUGGCUAUCAUGCUUCUCUCGCUCUGUGGGCGGGCAAUAAUGAGGACUACAUGCUGGCGGAGAGAUUUGGCUGGGAGCUCGACAUGAAGGACGAAGUAGGUCCAUGGCACGAGACCAACUUUCCUGCUCGUGAGAUCUAUGAAAGGCUGCUCCCUAGUCUCGUGGAGAGGCUGGGUGGCGAUGUGCCCUACUGGAGAAGCAGCCCCUACGGGGGAUCCUUUUCCAACGAUACGACAGUGGGCGACACGCAUAUUUGGGACGUCUGGCAUGGUAAGCUCUCUCCUUACCAAGACUACAAGGACUACACGUCUCGCUUCAUCAGCGAGUUCGGAUUCGAGUCUUGCCCUUCGCUGCGGACGCUUCAUCGCGCCAUCACUUCCCCCUCCGAGAGACACUCCCUAUCUCGCACAUUCGAUAUUCACGACAAGGGACCUGGUCACGGGAGGCGGUAUCCCAUGUACAUGGGCGAGAACUUCAGGUUCCGGAUGAACCCCCUGCGCGACUUCGUGUACUGCACACAGUACAUGCAGGCCGAGGCGAUGAAAUACGCGUACAACUGCUGGCGACGGGAGUUUAGGGGCCCGGAGGAGGAGAACUGCGCAGGCGUACUAGUGUGGCAGCUCAACGACAUCUGGCCGGGCUCGAGUUGGGCGCUGGUGGACGUAGAUAUGAACCGCAAGCCGGCAUACUACAUCACCAAAAGGGCGCUGGCCAAGACCGUUGUGGGAAUGGAGCGGACGGUGACGAAGAAGCCCCCAUAUAUCACAACGGGAUAUCUGCCGGAGAAGGCUUCGGUGGAUGUUUGGGCGGUCAAUGGCUCCUUGGAGGCGCUCAACGCCACGCUGAAGCUACGCAUGUUUGACAUUGCCACCGGAUCAACUAUUGAGCUCCCCAAUAGCUGCAGCAAUCUCAAAGAUGGUCACAAAUUGGAGCUGCCGCCGAACCAGACAACAGAGAUAGGCAACAUCGACAUCCCCAACCCAGAUCAGACCGUCUUCGCAGCCUAUCUGGAAGAUCGGCAAGGAACUAUUCUAGCACGCUGGGUCUCCUGGCCUGAGCCGCUUCGACUAGUCCACCUCGCACGAGACCUGGCCGUCAAAAUAUCUUAUGAGUCUGGUGAAGAUGGAACUAGCGACAAAUUGCUUGUCAGUGCGUCUGCGCCAGUAAAGGGAGUCAUGCUGUCGGUGCCCAUGGCUGAAGAAGGUGACGAUGCCGUGUUCGAGGACAACUUCUUGGAUCUGGUGCCCGGGGAGACGGUGCAAGUCCAGGUUCAGGGUCUCAAUGGAAGAUCCGUCCAGUCUCGUUUUCUGUAUGACUGGGAGUUGGAGGAGAACUUUGAGCUAUGA